AUGGCAACAGUUUACCGGCUUUUGCCGUCGGCAGUGGAUUUUUACACGGAAUUACAGGAAAGAGCCACUAAUGCUGAAAACCUGCGUCAUGAUAGAUUUGUGGCUGCGAUGGUCAUAAACCGUUAUACUCGAGGAUAUUUGGUUCGGAAACAUGUGGCGUGGUUAGCAAAGAAUGCUACCAUCAUACAGAAAGCGUACAGAAGUCAUCUGGCUAGAAAAUUCACUCGUGCUGCGCUUCGACGAGCUGUGCGCCUUAAGCACGCGAAACACUAUGCUAAGGCUGCUACGAGCAUACAGGCACUCUGGCGCGGACAUUACUCAAGGCGUACAAAAUUCUGUUAUCGCACAUAUCGUCGCUGGUUGGCCACUGUGAAGGAACGCGGAGAACGAAAGGCUGCUGAAGCCGCCGAAUUUGGCAUCAGAAGUCGAGCAGAUGACCUCAGGAUUUUAGAAGAGGAAGCGCGUCAAUGGCUAGCCUUUGUUGUUUUUAAAUUACAUCAUUUACUCAGAACUUACGUCUGUGCCGGAGUAUAUUCAGAGCCCGCUACAACAGAAUUAUCAGAAUUCGAAAAACUACUAAAAUCUAUCCACUAUACCGAAUACAUGAGAAGAUUGAAGCGGAAAUAUGAUGAGUUUGUACGAAAACACCGACCGGCUUUCUCAAAUAAGAGGUUGUUUCCGAUAAUAGGGGAUGGGUCCGACUAUUGGUACUUAUCGUUGGCCGAAAUGUAUGAACUGUCUAACCCAGUUCGGAAAAGAGAGGAUAACAGGCACAGGGCAACACAUCACGGACGAAUACACAAGGAGCCGUUUUUGUGGAGAAAAGUACGGCCUGCGGGGCAGUAUGAAGGUCGGGGUCCAUUUACACCUACCAGAUCUCCAUCGCCUUCUUCGCCUCCGCCUCCAGCACCGACGCCCACAGUAGCUGGAGGUGACGCGCGAAAGAGAACUCCCCCUAAAGACCCUCGUUUCCACCUCUACCUUAAAUACUACACUCCAAACCCUGCUUUAUUCGACUACGUUGAUUUCCACAUAAACGUUUUGCUAAGACGAAAGUGUUCCGUCGAGAACAUUGAUAAACAAUAA